AUGAACAAAGCGGCUCACGCAGCGGCUAGUAUUGGCAUCAGAGUGGUGGCGCAAAUUUGUUGGGCUGAAAGGCCACCACCGUCUGUUCAGGGAAUUCUGUUCGUGGCUCCUUUUAGAGCAACUCCAGCGGGAGGGGCUAGUCUAGGCAAGAGGCCCCCUAGGCUCCCAAUUUCAUUUCUAGCUGCCAAGGCUUGCCAGGGCAAGCCCUGGGCUCCACCAAUCCGGGCAAGGCCCAAGGCAAGACUUGUCUGGGCUGCUGCUUGGUUUGGCUGUGACAACGGCAGUAGCGACAACAUCGAUGGCACCGAAGACAGCGGAUUUAUGGUCUUCUUUUCGAGUCUACUUUUUUUCAAGCCAUAG